CAGGAACCCAUCAACGUGCGCCCGGCUUCGCAGCAGCGCCAUUCGAGCAACCACAUGGCCGGCAGCCUCCCCAAGGCGCGCCCGCACGCGCACUCGCUGUCCGUCGGCAGCAUCAACCCGGCGCACCGCGUCACCCGCCGCAAGAGUAUGAGCACGACGGCCGGCAGCAACGUCGCCGCCAUGGCCGCGGUUGCAAAGGGCAUCGCGGGCGCGCCGCUGGCCGAGCAGCCCCACCAUAACCCAGCACGCCGGCCGAGCAAGCCGGCGACGCAGUUCCGCGGGCCCAGCUUGGUGCACGCGCAGUCCAUGGCCGCCAGCAUGCCGCACGGCGGCUCGCCCUUCGGCAGCUACAGCGCCGCCAAGAGCGAAGCCGUGCAGGACGGGCCGCCGCUGGCCUCGCUGCCGGAGAGCGAGCAGGGCAGCUCCAAGUCGCGCGUGCGCCGUGCGAGUGAAGGCGCCUCUCGCCUGGCCAAGGGCGAGGGCAAGCGCGCCAGUGGUAGCGACUUGAGAUGUGAAAAAUGUGGGAAAGGAUACAAGCACAGCAGCUGUCUGACCAAGCACCUUUGGGAGCACACUCCGGAAUGGCAGUACACCUCCAAGCUGCUCAUCUCCAAGCACCAGCAGGUCCAGCUGCUUGAGGCUGCCUCGGUCCUCGUCGCCAUGAACAAGACGAGCGACGACAGCGACGACUCGGCCUCGCCGCCCGCCUCCGGCUCGUCUGAUCUGCGCGACGGGCUGAGCUCCACAGAAACUACCCCGCCCCCACAGACGGAUGAUCAUGCCGUGGGCUCUUACUCCUCGCACUCGCACUUUGGCCGCCGCUCCAUCAAGCGCUACUCGGCCAACAGCUCCGCCUACAGCCAGUCGUACCAGUCUGCCGUCUUCUCUGACAACGGCAACGGCCACUACCGCCACUGGAGCAACGUGUCUGACCGGCCCACCACCUCGGGCACCUCGGGCACCUCGGGCACCUCCGUUGCAGGCUCGUACCCCGACGACGGCAACACCGAUCAGGAUAUGGCUGCCGCUGUUGGCCUGCUGAGCUGCUCGUACGGCACACCCAAGUCGGGUGCUAUGAACCUGCCGGCAGACGUGCCCCCCGUCCCGCCGCUGCCUGCCAAGUUCAUGGACUUCAACAACGCCCGCACCCUUUCUGGCAACACAACGGUGACGCCGCAGCAGAGCAGCAUGCGCAACAGCUACCGCUACCACGAGAGCAAGGACAUCGACAUGGACGACGACCACUUUGCCGACGAGGAGGACUACCGCCAGUCGAACUCUCGCAGCCGCGGCCGCGCAGACGAAGACGACGAUGCCUUCUUCGGGAGGAUGGAGGAGUAG